AUUUAAUCUCAGUAAUGACAGUAAUCUGUGGUUCGAGCUUAGUCUGUGAAUUGAUUGAAAUUGAAUGUAUCCUGCUGGGAAUUAAAUUCAAAAAAGCAAGCAAAUAAAUAAAAUAAUUGAACAUUUUGUGUUAUUUCUGAAUUUUGAAUAGAAAUUAUUGUAAUUAAUAAAAAUGUAUGAGUGAAUACAAUUGAAAUUCUUCCUUCGUUGUGAUUUAUAUUUACUAAAUGCGUCAGUUGUCGGUGGAGCGAUGAAGCGACCGGCGGGUGGGUGGAGCGGAGCGCGGGUGCGGUGACGCGAGGGCAGAUGGCGGAGGGCGAGGCGAGCGGGGCCGGGGGUAGCGGCGGUAGUGGGGGCUGCAGCGGGGGCGGGGGCGGGGGCGGGGGCGGGGGUAGCGGCGGAGGGGGAGGGGGAGGGGGCGGGGGCGGGCACGGCCUGCCCGACGCCGUGCUGCUGGCGCCGCUCACCGAGGACACCUUCCUGCACAACCUGCACGUGCGGUACAAACGGGAUCUCAUUUACACGUACGUGGGUAACGCGCUGGUGUCGGUCAACCCGUGCCGGCCGCUGCCGCUGUACUCGGCCGAGUUAGUGCGCGCCUACCUGGCGCGCGCGCCGCACCUGCUGCCGCCGCACCUGUACGCCGUCACCGCCGCCGCCUACCGCUGGGUGCGCGACCGCCAGGUAUGUGCCGCUCUACAUAUAGUACCGCUGGUGUCGGUCAACCCGUGCCGGCCGCUGCCGCUGUACUCGGCCGAGUUAGUGCGCGCCUACCUGGCGCGCGCGCCGCACCUGCUGCCGCCGCACCUGUACGCCGUCACCGCCGCCGCCUACCGCUGGGUGCGCGACCGCCAGGUAUGUGCCGCUCUACAUAUAGUACCGCUGGUGUCGGUCAACCCGUGCCGGCCGCUGCCGCUGUACUCGGCCGAGUUAGUGCGCGCCUACCUGGCGCGCGCGCCGCACCUGCUGCCGCCGCACCUGUACGCCGUCACCGCCGCCGCCUACCGCUGGGUGCGCGACCGCCAGGUAUGUGCCGCUCUACAUAUAGUACCGCUGGUGUCGGUCAACCCGUGCCGGCCGCUGCCGCUGUACUCGGCCGAGUUAGUGCGCGCCUACCUGGCGCGCGCGCCGCACCUGCUGCCGCCGCACCUGUACGCCGUCACCGCCGCCGCCUACCGCUGGGUGCGCGACCGCCAGGAGAGCCAGUGCAUCGUGAUCACGGGCGAGAGCGGCGCGGGCAAGACGGAGGCGGCGCGCGUGUGCCUGCAGUGCGCCGUGGUGGCGGGCGGGAACGACGCGGCGGCCACGCUGCCCGCUGCCGGCACGCUGCUCGAGGCGUUCGGCAACGCGGCCACCGCGCGCAACCACAACGCCAGCAGAUUCGGCAAGUUGUUAGAUGUAGAAUUCGACUUCCGGGGUCUACCGGUUGGAGGACACAUAACGCACUGAGCGCGCGUGCGGCGCGGCGGAGGGCGAGCGCAACUUCCACGUGUUCUACCAGCUGCUGGCCGGCGCCGACGCACAUCUGCUCAAGCGUCUGCGCCUGCAGCGGAGUUGGGAGCAGUACCGCGUGCUGUGCGGACAGGGAGCGGGCGCGGGUGAUGCGGACGGUGCACGGGGGCUGGACGCGUCGCCGCGGCGGGUGUCGCCCGCGCCCGCGCCCGCGCCCGCGCCGCACCCGCACCACCACCACCACCCGCACCCCCCGCCCGGCCCGCGCGCCGACGCAGCCGAUAAGGACCAUUUCGCCUACACCAAGGCGGCGAUGGCGACGCUCGGGUUCGGCGGUGGCGAGUGCGGCGCGGUGCUGCGCGUGCUGGCGUUCCUGCUCAAGCUGGGCAACGUGCACUUCGAGCCGCAGCACAACAUCGACGGCUCCAUCGGCGUGCGCCUGCACAAGCGAUACGAGUUGAGCGAGGCGUGCGCACUGGUGGGCGUCGACGAGGAGGCGCUGGCCGGCGCGCUGGGCGCGGCGCCCGACACCGGGGCGUGUGCCGCGGGGGACGACCUGCUCACCGACUCGAGCGAAGUGGAGUCUGGAUGCGAUAGCGGGGACGCGGUGUGGGAGUCGUGGGGCGGAGCCGAGUGGGCCACGGCACUGAGGGACCGACUGCUGACCGCACUGUACUCACGCCUGUUCACGUGGCUCAUACACAACAUCAACGAGGCCAUCAAGCCUGGGUCGAGCGGGGCGGGCGCGGGGUCGCUGGGCAUCCUGGACAUGUACGGGCUGGAGUCGCUGGCGCACAACGGGCUGGAGCGGCUGCUCGUCAACUACGCGGCCGAGCGCGUGCAGGGCGCCGUCACCGCCGCCACGCUGCGCCGCGAGCAGGCCGAGUACGCGCGCGAGGGGCUCGCCUGGGCGCCGCUGCCGUACCAGGACCACGAGUUGGUAGCAGAGCUGCUGGACGGCGGCAGUGACAGCGUGCUGGGAGCGCUGCGAGAGUGUUCAGCGCGCUCGCUGCCCGACGCCGCCUUCCUGCAGCGGCUGCAGCGCCGCCGCCAUCCCCGCCUCGUUGUCGCGCCCCCGGACCGCUUCCAGAUCGUCCAUUUCGCGGGCCCGGUGUCGUACAGCGCGCGCGGCAUCGUGGAGCACAACCGCGACGCCGUGUGCCGCCGCUGCAGCGCCGCGCUCGCCGCCGCGCGCGAGCCGCUGCUGGCCACGCUGUUCGCGCCUUCACCCACUCCAGGGUCGGGCGGCGCGGGCGCGGGCGCGGGUGGUGGCGGGGGCUUGGGCGCGGGCGCGGGGUCGCCGCGUCGGCCGCUGGGGCUGGCGUGCCGUCAGCGCGCGCUGGUGACGGCGCUGGUGCGGCGGCUGACGGCGGGCGGCGCGCCCCGCCUCGUGCGCUGCCUGCGCCCCGACCCGCUGCUGCGCUCCUACCGCUUCGACGCGCCGCUGCUGCGCCGACAGAUCCGCGACCAGGGGAUAAUGGACAUGGCCCUGCUGCGACGUAACGGAUGGUGCGAGUGGAUGUGUGCGCGAGCUCUGGUCGCUCGGUAUGGGCUGCUCGCGGGGCCGCGCCCGGGGGCGGGGGCGGGGCCCGGGGCAGGGGCGGGGCCGGGGCCGGGGCCCGCGCCCUGCGGCAGUAGCGGGGACCCGGUGCGGGCGGCGCGCGCGCUGCUGCGGAGGCUGCCCAUACCCAGCGCGGAGUUCACCUACGGACGGACUAAAGUGUUCAUCAGGAGUCCGCGGACGGUGUGGGAACUGGAGGCGUUGCGCGGCGCCCGCGUGGAGGCGCUGGUGUCGGUGCUGCAGCGCGCGUGGCGGCGCCGCCUGCACCACACAAGGGAGCGCGCGCAGCGGGUCAUCGCGAGGGCAUGGCGCCGGCAUAACGCCACGCGUAACUUACCCGAACGACAAACUUUACAACGUCGGCUGCAGGGCGGCCCAGUCGCGACGGUCGCGGUGGGCGUGGGGCAGGAGGCGGCCCGAGCUGCGUCGCACCUUCGCUCGUGGGCAUGCGGCGUAGUAUGGCGCGCGUGGUGUGCUUGGGCCCGACGCCGCUACCUGGGCUCGCUGUGGGCGCGCCUGCCCCCGCGGCACCGCUCGCCCGCGUGCCAGGCCUGGCCCGCCUGCCCGCACCCGCGCCUGCUGGCCCGCGCCGACGCGCUGCUGCGGCACCUGCACCACCGCUGGCGCUGCCGCCUCUACCGCGCCAACGUCGACCAGCUGGCGCGCAACCGCAUGAGGGAGAAGGUGACGGCGAGCGUGCUGUUUAAGGACCGCAAAGCGUCGUACGCGCGCAGCGUGGCGCACCCGUUCGUGGGCGACUACGUGCGUCUCCGCGCGUCGCUCGCGUGGCGGCGCGGGCUGGGCGCGGGCGGCGCGGGCGACCACUACGUCGUGUUCGCGGACGUGGCCGCGCGCGUGCCCGCCAGAGGUGGCGAGGGAGGGUCGGGCGCGGGCCAGGCGGGCGCGCGGCCCGUGCUGUGCGUGGUGUCGACGGGCGCGCUGCUACUGCUGGAGCCGCGCUCCCUGCGCACCAAGCGGCGCGUGCCCGCCGCGCACGUGUACCGCCUGUCCCUGUCCCCGUACCACGACGACCUGCUGGCCGUGCACGUGCGCGCCAUUCGAGGUGAACCUGGGCCCCCAGACGGUGACGGUAUCGUUUCACGCGGCGCCGCACGAGCCGGCCGCCGCCCCGCCCGCCCCGCCCGCCCCGCCCGCCCCGCGCCUCGUGCGACGCGGCUCCCGGCUCGACGUGCUCGUCUGACUAUCCGAUCACCUCAUGUGAGACAACCCAACGAUACUAAACACCAUACAUACACCGCGUGCGCUCAAAAUGUGUCCCAAACAACAAGUGUUUGAACGCCCCUCGAGCACAUCUCAGUUCACAAUCCGGCGCAGAUCGUUGAAAAAUCAAGAUACCGCAGACCUCCGUGAAAAAAUGUAAAAAAAAAUGUGUAUGUCAGCUCCGACGCACGACUGGAGUUUACUUCUUAAGUUCGAUAGUCAAACCGGACGCAAAAAGAGUUUAUUUAACUUAAAAAAGAUUGAUACUGUAUGAAACGGUAAAUUAACAAAUUAAUGAAAAUAAUAUCCAUAUAUCAAUAUAUAUUUAUUCAUUUCAUAUACAUUUAUUAUAACUAAUCGACGAAAUAUUUUACAUUAAACUUUUUACACUAGUCAAUUUCAGAUGUGCAUAAAUAAAGGUACGCUACGAUACUGUGCUACGGUGUAGCACUACGGCUGCGACAGCGUAGACAGUAAAAACGUAACGAGGUCAUUCAUCGAUAGAUUUCACUCCUCACAUUUUUCUCAUACCGGGCCCUUUAUAUAUGCAAAUCGAUUCUUAACGAGUAAACUCCAAAAAUUAUAGUAUGUAAAGUAUUGUUUUUUCGACAGGUAUCUUCAGUGUUAGUUUACUGACGCAUUUGAAGCAAAUUUUGUUCUAAUACUUAUCAUAAACUGAUUUAAUGAAAACAAAAUUGUGAUAUUCAAAUUCAUGAUCUGUUAUAUAGCCAUCUCUUGCUCGCGUUCCGUAGCUCUUAUAUUGUUAACGGCUCGUUCAGAAUUGUGCGAAGUGUCAUAGAAAAAUGAUCUGUAUUAUUCCGCAUAUAGCAAUAAGAAGUAAAAUUUUACAAGCUUGCAUUUCGAACUGUCGGAACUCUUUGACGCAUGCGUUUUAAUUGAGACUUUGUAAAGUAUAUAUCAAAGAUGACUUUCAAUGUUUAAAUAAUGCCUUAUAUUGUUUUUGACAACGCGAUCAUUUCACGGAGCUCCGAAGAUCGUCCAAUGUACCUUUUGGGCAGGUUUUAGGCACGAUUUUGUUCAUGUUACUGUAUCUAGGAUUUUUAAUAUCGUUGGAGACAACCUUACUAUACCGUACAGUACGCGCCACGGAAGAUAACACUUGACGAGCGCCGGUCCCGGUCCCGCGCCCGGUCCCGCGCCCGGUCCCGCGCCCGGUCCCGCGCCGCGCUCUCUAUCCGGUCGCCCGGUUGGCUCGCCCGGUCCGUUUCCCCCUCAGACCUCAUUCCGCUAAAGAGACCUAAAUCCUCUCCUACGCAUGUCAAACCAUGCGGUGCAUUAAGUCUCAUCUUUCGUGGCGCGUAUUGUACUAUAUUGUCUGUACUCAACGAAUAACAAAUUAUAUGGAAUACGAACUGCGCUAAAACUUGGUUCCACGCAAACUGUAACAAAGUGGGCGGGGCGAAAAAAAAUGCGAUCAACACAUCGAUCAUGAGAUUGGUUGGGAGUUCCGUGUCCAUAACGAUAUCUUACAAUGAAUAAAUAGUCGAAUUGAAUACGAUAUAUUCUGUCAAUUUGUUAUGUUUUGUCUGUGUGCGUGUCGCGUUAGUAUGAGUUUGCAACCAUGUUUUAACGGAUUUUGUUAGAGAGUAAUGCUUCCAUAUGAUUUCUAAUUCGUUGGCUGUAUUGUACUAUACUGAUACUGCCUCGGCUAAACUCGACCUUGUGCGCACGGUAAUGGACGCAUACAGUAUUGUAACUUGGCCGUUUUUUUUAAUUAACUACCUACGGCCGUGCGUUGCGUAAACACGUGACAGGAGCGCCCGCCUACAGUACUUAAAAUAAUUUCAUCCUCAUCGUUUAUUGCAAAUGUUAUACUACUUUUAUAUAAAAAUAUAAAUUCGUUAUAAAUGUAUGGAAAUAUUCUAUAAAAAACAUUUUGUGUAUUUAGUUAAAUUUUAUUCUGAAAACGGCUCAGUUGAGAUUUACCCAAAACAAAACAAAAAACCGCGCGAUGUAGUAUUUUUUUGUUAUAUUAAGUGAGUUCUCGUAUUUAACUAUCACCCAGCUUGAUCGUCCUUGAAACCGUCUGUAUAAAGUUGCAAUACUGUCAGAUAUCAUUACCGUGCUGUAGUCGUCAAGUCGAAGCCGAACAUAGCUUUCGAUAAGAAGUGUUUUCCAUGCGUCUCUCGCUUUGUAAUUAAAAUGCUAGAAAUGUAUAGCGAUGCUGUGACCGGUGUUCAAUGAUUUGUUAAUCUACUCGUCGAAUGUAAAAUUUUAAGAACUAAUCGAGUAAUGUUAAGUCGCGAUCCACUAGUCGUUAAAUUAAAAUUAAGUCAAGGCCGACCCGACCUUUCGACUCUGUCAAGGCUCACGCGAAUCCGCCGGCGCAUCAUCCUUUCGGACGGACCGCGUCUCUUCGCUGCCAAAUAUUAUAAUUUAGUCGAUAAUGGUGCCUAUGAUAAUCAAAAUUACUAGAUAUUGUAAGCGGCGGUUCGCAUCGACGACGAACGGGCCUCGCGUCGAGUCCCCGCGCGGGGAGACCGUCGACGGCACAAACUAACAUAGAUGUGAACGGUCCGCGGCGGCACUGGCAGUGUUCCGUCACCGUCACUGUGACGCGACAAACUCAGUACAAUGGUCGCGCUCCUCGCGCCGGACAUCCGAGCGCCAACACAUAUCGUGUCGUAUUCCAGCCGCGUGUCGCGUGUCACGUGCUGCGUGUCGCGUGUCGCGUGUCACGCGUCACGCGUCACGCGUGGUGGUUAUCGACGUGGACGCACAGCCGCGUACGAACGCAUCCCACGCACGCGCCCGCGCCGCAAUGAGGCGCGUAUGUUAUAACUCAUGAGCAGUGUUGCCAGGUCCAAUUUUUUUAAAACGCAGUCCCCUUUCCCUCCUGGGAUUGGUGAAUCAAAUCGAGAUGUAGGCCAGUACCGAAUGUGUUUCUGUGGCUUCUGCCGUCCCUCGAAGCUGAUGAUUUUUUUUAGACAAUGAUAAAUUUAUUUUAUUAUAAUUAAGACUAUCUACAUUCUUGCGAUUCCAAAAAGAAAAUCGUAUCCUAAGAAAAGCAGUCAGAUUCAUGUAGAAAAACAGAUGAACAGGAGAAAUUUCAGAAAUACAGAUAAAAUAAUCUCCUAUAAAACGGUGAGAGCUGGCAACCCCGCUCGUGAGCUCGGGCGUUGUUGAUGAUAGUUGUAGGUGAUAGUUACGACACACGGCGGCCUUCGCUCCGGGUCGCUUUACAGACCGCGGCCGCGCUCGCUCCGCGAACGAUGCGUACGUUCCGAGUGACGGUUUCCUAUUUAAGGCUAGCCGAAAUAAGUUAGAUUUAAGUCGAGUUGAAUAAUUGAAGAGUCUAAAGUUUGAGAUGUACUACCGCGUUUCACGAUGGUCGACCAAUAAUUGUUUAUUGAAUUUGAAGGUUUAAGAGAUAUAAAGGUUGAAAAAUUAAAUUUUAAUAAAGUGCUCGUAAUUGAUGUCUGAAUUGAUUUAAUUCUCUUAUCGUCUCUCUCCGAACGUGUCCCUCGUCCUCGCCGACCACGUCUGUCAGUUGUUUGUGCGAGUCCUGCGCUCGUUUCCUAAUAUGUAGGACUGAACAAGUCAUAUUAUUAUUAUUGUAAUCGACUUAAGUAGCGAUUAAGCCUUUUAGAGAUCGCAUUAGAUGAAGAAGCCGAGUUUGUGAAUUGUUACCUGUUACGCCGGAUACUGGCGGCGUACUCCGCGCCGCACUCGCGGCUGUUGUAUCGCUCGGUUGUAAGUGUAUUUCUCUUUAUGUAUUUUCCCUUAAUAUUGUAAAGGUAGAUUGGGAUCGUGACGACUGCGCAGGCGCCCGCUAUACUGAUGCCUGUUUCGCGACAAUAUGGUGACUUCUUGUUUACAAUGUAAUCGUUGCAAUAAAAACUGCCGCGGUUGCCUGUUGCUUUCGUACAGAUCCAAAGUCAACCUUAGGCCGAAUAUCCAAUGUCCACAGAGGCUCUCGGCCGCGCUUGUGGUAGACUUUAUAAAAAUUUGUGUAUCAACAAUCAGUAUUAUCAGUCAACUAAGACAGCUAAGAUAACUAUCUCAGUGCUUCAUCGGUGCGAUAUGCGCAUAUAACAAAUCUUUAAUGCUUCAAAAUACUUCAUUUCGGUGCUUUAGUACACCCUUACUGAAAAUAAUCAACGUGGAUGAGCUUUCUGUGGACAUAACAGUGUGGACACGCAGCCGGCCGGCGGCGCUCCGCAGAGGUAUGGCCUUUUUGUUGAAUCAUUCGUUCGAUACAUUAUAUAUUCGUUUAGCUAACUUUUGAAUAAAAUUCCAUACUUUGCUUACUGGUGAUUUAAAUACAAACUGCGUCUGUUGCAAUUUUUUCCUCUACAACGUGGCGUCUGAUGUCACGCUCCUGUCAUUCUAAUUGACAAACAUGUGACGUCAUUUUAAGCUCAGCCAAUCAUAGGUGAUUUUGUUAUUGUGACAAUAGGUCAGUUUCAUGAUUCUGAUGAUAAUAUAGAUGAUAAUUUAUACUUUACCGAACCAAUUACGAAUUUAUUCAAAUUCGAAGAAAAUUAACAAACAUUAUUUGAUGCAAAACAAAUGAUUCAAAAAUAGUGCAAUGUAUUGUGUACAAUCGGGCGGUUCGCUCGCUGCGUGCCGCGUGCCACGUGCCAGCUGGAGUGUCGCUCGGUGGUAUUCACGGACAAACAGAAAUGACUAAACGACGUUCCCAUUAAAUUGAUAACUCUAGAAAGAGAAAAGACAGCCAAUGCCUGUACGAAGAAUGAGCCGGGUGAUUGCUUGUUCGUGUUGGCCAGGGAAGGUUCAGUCCAUUCUGUGUGUCGAGUGUUGUAGUGUAACAUUGCAGGCGCCGCCGGCCCGCCGCCUCCCGCCUGCCGCCUGCCGCCUGCCGCCUGCCUCAGGGCGCGCCUCACAAGUGCCAACAUACUAUGUAAACGUUGCGUUAUGUUUUCACUGGUUAAUAUUAUGAUAAUUAUGAAGAUACUGUUUUAUCGUUUUUAAUAAAACAACACGUUUUGAAU